AACGCUUCACUACACCCAGGCAGCCGCCUCUUGGGUAUUUUGUACCUCCUGGUGUUCCGUAGUGGCGGUUAGAGACUGCAGGGAUCAGACACCAAACAUCUUCAUCGGUUUUCAGGGAUCUUCGUUUUCUCUCCGGCUGCUGCCAUGGAGGAGGUGACGCGUCUGGUGUCGACUGGAGACUGCGUGAAAGUCUGGGAUGCGGUUUCCAUGGCGCCACUGGAGCAGUUUAACCCCCACAGCAGCAGCCAUCCUGUGGCUCAGGCCUGCUGGAGCUCCAACAACCAGUACCUGGUGAGCGCCAGCAGCAGUGGGGACAAACUGGUGCUUUCCAGUCUCAAGUCGGCUCCGGUUCCAGUGGUGGAACUGGCUGAAGGGAAAAAACAGACCCGUGUUUGUCUGAGUUCUUCGUCUCAGUUUCUGGUGAGCGGCGGUCUGGACCACUGCGUCCACAUCUGGGACCUGAAGACCAAGAGGCUACACCGCUCCCUCAAAGACCACAAAGAGGAAGUAACCUGUGUGUCCUUCAACGCUAACGACAGCUGCAUCGCCUCCGGCUCCACCAGCGGGGACCUGGUCCUCUACAGCCUGACCACCAACCUGUCCAGCAGAGCCUUCGGCCACGGCAGCAACCAGCCCAUCCAUGACCUCAGGCUGUCCAUGGUGAAGCGCUCCCUCCUGGGAAGCGUCUCUGAUAGCGGCACAGUGGUUCUCUGGGACUCCAACACUCAGAGGGAGCUGCACGUCUUCGACGGCGCCCACAAGGCCCCCGGCUCGGGUUUGGCCUUCUCCCCGACCAGCGACCUGCUGGUCGUCAGCGUCGGCCUCGACAAGAAGAUCAUCUGCUACGACACGGCAAGCAGGAUAAUCCUGAGGGCGAUCCGCGUGGACAGUCCUCUGACCUCGGUGGACUUCACACUGGAUGGUACCGGCCUGGUGGUCGGGUCCACUCAGGGGAAGAUCUACCAGUACGACCUGAGGAACUCUAGCGCCCCGACCAAAAUCACAGCGGCUCACAGAACCUCGGUGACAUGUCUGCGCUUCCAGAGUAACGCCAGCAGACAGAAGUCCAGUAAACUGGCUUCUGCCAAGAUUUCAAGCACCAAGAGAUCCAGCUCCAAACUGUCCAGCAGCCAGACUGACUCCGCCCCCAGUUCAGGCCCCGCCCCUCACAGACAGGUCGCCAGCACAGCAGGAGGCGCUGCUCCAGAGGUGAUGUGUCGUGAGGCGGAAGGCCAGCCAGGGGUGGAGCAGUUGGUGGAGAAGUUCGGAGUCGUUGGAAGAAACAGUCUGGACAUCUUCUCUCCCCCUCGUGAAGGUCCAGAAUCCAGGACCCAGGCGACGAGUGGAGACACUCCCUUUGGAAGAUCACAUGUUACGGGUUCUGAGAUGCUGUCCAGAGACGGGGAGGGUCAGCCGCUGGUGGGGCGCGCCAGCCUGGACAUCUUCUCUCCGGUCAGAGAAGACUCCCACUCAGGUGGCGGCCAACAACGGAAGACGCCUCUGGGGACCCAGCUGGGGGCGACUGCAGGACGGUGCUACUCGCCGCUGUCCGUGUUUCAGUCCCCGCUGCCAAUCAAGGAGGAGGAGCCAAUGGCUGCGUCCGCUGCGGAGCCAUGUGACAGGAAGUCUGAUAAGAACAGCAGCUCCAGCCUGGAGGUGGAGCCUCAGACUCCGCCCACCACCUCCCAGGAGACCAAUCAGAGCCAGGCGGGUGCGCCAUUUUACACCCCGGAACUGGGCCUCCGCAAAGCCAAUGGUGUUCCGGCUCAGCUCAGUUAUGACUCGCCUGUCUGCAGAACUCCGCCCACCGCAGCAGCAGGUACGGCUUCAGGCUCUGCUGCGCUGGCGGCGGUGUCGUCCUCGCUGUCCCAGAACAUCGCAGAUAUGGUUGGACAAGACGGCGCCGCUCCGCUCACCUCCCUGCAGAUCCACUUCAUCCAGAACAUGAUCCACGAGACGCUGGACGAGUUCAGGACCGCCUGCCACCAGGACAUCAUCAACCUGCAGGUGGAAAUGAUCCGGCAGUUCUACAUUCAGCUGACGGAGAUCCACGGUCUGAUUGAGAAAUACUCCGUCAACGAGUCCCUGGUGGAGGAGAUCGAGAAGCUGCGAGAGGAAAACCGCCGGCUCAGAGCAAACUACUGACCCGCCGCCACGCAGGCCAAUCCUGUGUCUGCUGAGCCCUGAGUGCUGCCUGACAGGCUGCUGCCCCUUUGUCCAGAGAGCGGCUGUUCUGUUUGUGCGUCGCUGCCUCUGGAAACGACCCAACUUCUGCAUGAAGUGUGAAAACGCCUUAAUCCAACCGGUUGAAUCAACAUGUUCUGUUAUCCUAAUUUAAUAUAAAAUCCAGAGAGGUUUCUGUUUUUAUCCAAAAACCUUGUGUGAAGAAUAAAGAUAAAAAAAAAACAA